GAACGCUCAGACACCUAUUAAAGUUGUGAUUGGCGGAGCGGAGGCUUCUUAAUAUAUUCGUAAUCGGGAUCCUGUUGCUCUCAAAUCGUUCCGGACCAGCCCUGGAAACACCUGCUACUGCUCCGAAGCCGGACUGCCAGCCGGAUUGCUUCAGGCUAGCCCCCUUGAAGUUGCUUGCCUAAGACUUUGCAUCCUUCAAGUGACUCGAAACUCUUUUGAUUCCGGUUGAGGUUCUUGGGACAUUCGAUCAAGCGAAGGAGAAACAUGGACAACGGGGGAGGGAACGAACAGCGGCUCUUGCCUCGAUUGUGCUGCCCGGAAAAGGGGCCGAACGGUUACGGCUUCCAUCUACACGGGGAGAAGGGCAAAACGGGCCAGUUCAUCCGGCUGGUGGAGCCCGAUUCCCCGGCCGAAAAAUCCGGUCUGAAGGCUGGGGACCGCUUGAUAGAAGUGAACGGAGACAACGUCGAGAAGGAAAGUCACCAGCAAGUAGUGAACCGCAUCCGAAAUUCGGCGGGGUCGGUGCGCUUGCUGGUAGUAGACUCGGAGACCGACCAGCAUCUGCAGAAGCUGGGCCUCGAGUGCCGAGAAGAAUUCAUUCGUGGGCUGCCGGAGAAACCCGAGGCGAGGCGAGGCGAGCAGGAAGCUGCCCAGCAGGAGCAGGAGAACGAAAUGAAAGCGGAUGGAGAGGAAAACAACCACAUUUCUCAGCGGAAAGAGUUGAGACCUCGUCUCUGCCAGAUGAAGAAGGGCCCCAAUGGGUAUGGGUUCAACCUCCACAGUGAUAAGGCAAAGCCAGGCCAAUAUGUCCGGGCUGUGGAUCCAGAUUCUCCAGCUGAAGCUUCAGGGCUGCGGCCUCAAGAUCGUAUCAUUGAGCAUCAGCUUAAGCCUGAACUUCUUGAUGGACAGUGUAAUACGCACAAUAGGAUAUAUUGGAUGUUGGUAUCCCAGGCUCACUUUCAUGCCAAAUAG